CCACAUCGUCACAACUUGCGCCCGUCAUCCUCGCAUCUUCUCUCCACAAGCCAUUGCAUUGUACCCGCGCGGUAACCAUACACAAAUCUCCAAUUGUAUCUACAGCGCCAUCAUCCUCUCUCCAAUCUCGAGCUGUUGCACCCCGUGAGAAGAUCCAACAGAUCCAUUCACAGUUAUACCUCGAGCUUUGAUCACUACAGGCGAACACAUCUGCGAACACUUUUCCAUACCUAUGAAACAGGAAGCCUGCUGCUCACUAUAUCCUCCUCAUUAGCAAUGGCCUCUCCAAGCUCCGUCGACAACUUGUCUUCACCCUCCACUUCCCCAUCGACCCCCCAACCUCUCAACGCCUCCCUCCCUGCAGGUCAAGACAUCCCUCGUGCCAUGUCGACCUCCAUCUCCGUGAUGGCUGCUCCAUCCUCCACCUUCCAGGCCAACGAGCCUUCCAUGUCGCAAGGCACUAUUACCCCACCGCCAUCCUCACAGCCUGCCAUUUCUCGAUAUGCGGCUGUCUCUCCCAAAUCUACACUUGGACCGUCCAUGCUAUCCUCCCCGCCGCCAACUGUCACCGCUAUCAAGAAAGAGCUCGGGAACGUCAAUCCAUUCACCCACGUCACCCCCGAACAACUCUCCAAUUCUAGCAUCGAGGAGAUUGUGAGAAUCUUCCACGCUCUUAAGUCGGAGAACCAGGCACUUGCGGCUGCAGCUGCCGAGGCUCGGAUGUCUGCGGCUCACCACAAAUUGCAGCACAGCCUUCUGACCAUUGAGACAGAAGAGGCUGCUCUGCGCGCCGAGGUCGAACAUGAGAUGACGCGACGUGAAGUCCAAGCCCUGCAGCGUAUGAUCCAAGGUCCCGAGAGUCAGGCAGGCCGCGAGUACGUGACGAGAUUGAAGGCGUACUGCCAUAUUAUGCAAGACAAAAAUCAGGACUUGCAGAAGCGCCUCAUGAAGGCCAAGAAGCUGAUAACCGAGAGAGACGAUGAGAUUAGUAUGUUGAUGGAGGAGAAGAAGAUGUUGAUGACUCGCCUCCGUGAGAACCGUGAGCAUAUGAAUUACUUGCGAAGCCCAGGCGGUAUUUUCCACUUGGCUACCCCGAAGAUAUCAAACAGCAGUUAUCCUGCCACUCCCCAGCAGCAUCGCAACACGCCUAAGCAUACCCCGAUGACUGGUCAUUCCGUGCGUCGGGACCACAGUCAGGAACCGUUUGCUGCAUUGUUACUUGCGGACCGGGUCCUGAGCCAAGAGAACAAUAGCGCUCCCUCGACCCCUCUUGUCGGUCGUCGUGCGGAUCCCCAAACUCCAAUGGGGCACAACCGUGGCGUUCAGUCCAUGUCCUCCAUCCCCAACACCCCCCGAAGUGCCAGAACCGGGCCAUCCACCCUCCUUCCAUCAGCCCCGAUCACCUCUCAUGCCGAAAAACGAGCAAAGCACUCGACCGGGCAAGAAAGAGGAGUUCUCCAACGCCGCCGCAAAUCGCGUGACAGCACCAUUUCCCUCUCCGAUACCGAGGAGAUCGCCCGGGCUGCCAUGUCGUACCGAGAGGAGAGCGAGGAGGUCCAGGAGAGCCGGGCCAGCCAGAGUGCGACAGAGAUGUUGCGAAUUGAUCCCAGAGAGUCGUUCGAGGUGGCUGCCUCCCGCGCCGCCACUCCUGCUACCGAGAUGGUCCAAACCAAGAUCGUAGGUGCUGUUUCCAAGAGGAAGCGCGACGAGGAGAUUUAUGGUGACAAUAAGAAGUUGAGAUCAGCUGAGGCUGUAGGCUUGGGAAUCGGUUAUGGUAAAUAGGGUUCGCAUGGGCUGGGACUUUAUGACUUUUAUGUUGGCGCGUUUUCUAUCUGGACUCGGGAAGACCAGGUUAUGCGGUGGUAUCGGGUUUAUGGGUGGGUUCUUAAGG